AUUUGGACAUAACAAUUUCUCUCGUACAAAACAAUAGGGAAAAAGAAAAAAUUGCCCAAAUAUAUAAGGUCUAAUUGUUGUCGCUUCGCCUCAACUUUCUGCAAUCGAUUCUCAACUCCGAUUCCACAGAGUUGUUUGAGUUUUAUAGACGAGAAUGGAAUCUAGCAGGGGUGGCCAGAAUGGAAUUCAACUCCUUUUAGCUGCCGAGCAGGAAGCCCAACACAUCGUCAAUACUGCCAGGACUGCUAAACAGGCUAGAUUGAAGCAGGCCAAGGAGGAAGCUGAGAAGGAGAUAGCUGAAUUCCGUGCUUACAUGGAGGCCGAGUUUCAGAGAAAGAUUGAACAGACUAGUGGUGACUCAGGUGCUAAUGUCAAACGGCUUGAGCUAGAAACAGACGAAAAGAUCGAGCACCUGAAGACUGAAGCGUCAAGAGUCUCCUCUGAUGUUGUCAAGAUGCUUCUGAGGCAUGUAACGACAGUGAAGAACUAAGAUAUUUUGUGGUUGUCAUUAAGGCAUAUUAAGGCACGUAACGCCUUAAUGUCAUUUUGCAGAUUUAUGCUCCCCCCAUUUAUGGUUCUCUUGCUUGAUCAGUCCGAUGGAUGUUCACAGUUUGUAUUGUUUGUUAUCAUUAUUUAUGUCUUGGUUUGUUGAAUAAAGUAACUCACUCGAGCUCUUUUCUACCUGUGUUUUGUAAAAAAAAGAUCAGAAACCAAGGUUCAGUGUUUAGGCAUGACAGUUUCUUAUUUAUCUAGAAGCUGAGGAGUUAUUAAUGAACUUUUCUCUGCAUGUUUUAUGUUGUGCGAAGUAAUGCAGCUGUAAAGAGGAGUGAUUGUCUUUUCUGUUGAUAAA